UUAAAAAAAACACUAAGGAGCGCACAGCCCGUCCGUCACCGCACACUGCGAGCAAAAUAUGAUCCCAACAAGAGCCGCUCCUGCGCUUCAACUCUUACGACAACCAUUUCACUGCGUUUAAUUUCUACUGAAAUUACAGUCCAUCGCCGAGUCUGGUCCUUGUUGAACUAUUUUCCUCUCCAUUCUCCCGCUCUCUGUUAUUUUUUUUUCUGCGCUGGAUCUUUCGUGCCAGAAAAUGUGUGUGGAGAGCGAUGGGUGCGAGAUUGAGGGCUGCAGCAGUUCGGAUGAGGUGCGCACGCUGUCGGGCAGCAUGAGUCCCGGACUGAAAUCCAACCCGGACCUUCACCCUUGCAAACCGGGGCAGAAAUUCCAGGCAGCGCUCCUCAGAUGCCGUUCACCGGCUGCCGCCGCCGGGAUCCUCAGUUUUGGGAACGUCCUGAAUUACAUGGAUAGAUACACUGUAGCCGGUGUUCUGCUUGACAUCCAGCGGCAUUACGGUGUAUCAGACAGUGGCAUCGGCUUGUUGCAAACAGUCUUCAUCUGCAGCUUCAUGGUGGCAGCUCCCAUCUUCGGUUACCUGGGCGACCGCUUCAACAGAAAGGUCAUCCUGAGCUGUGGCAUUUUCUUCUGGUCCAUUGUUACUCUGUCAAGCUCCUUCAUCAGCAAAGAGUACUACUGGCUGUUUGUGCUCUCCAGGGGACUGGUGGGUAUCGGAGAGUCCAGCUACUCCUCCAUCUCUCCCACCAUCAUAGGAGACCUGUUCACUAGUAACAGCCGCACCAUGAUGCUCUCUGUCUUCUACCUGGCCAUCCCCCUGGGAAGCGGGUUGGGUUACAUCCUGGGCUCCAGCGCCAAGGUGGCUGCAGGAGACUGGCACUGGGCACUGAGGGUGUCCCCAGUUUUAGGGAUCACUGCAGGAACUCUGAUCCUGGUCUUUGUGCCUGAGCCAAAGAGAGGCAGCGUUGACCAGAUGGGAGGACGCAUCAAGACCCGCACUUCCUGGCUCUGUGACAUGAAGGCACUGGCCAAGAACCGAAGCUACGUGUUCUCCUCCCUGGCUUCCGCGGCGGUGUCAUUUGCCACAGGUGCGUUUGGUAUGUGGAUCCCUCUGUACCUGGCCAGAGCUCAGGUGGUGCAGAAGACGGCAGAGGCCUGUACGAAAGAGAUCUGCAGUAGCACAGACAGCCUUAUCUUCGGGGCGAUCACUUGUGUGACGGGUCUGUUAGGCGUGGUCAUCGGGGCGGCCACCACACGCUUCUGCCGCCAGAAGACGGAGCGAGCUGACCCGCUCGUGUGCGCCGUCAGUAUGCUGGGCUCGGCCAUCUUCAUCUGCCUCAUCUUCGUGGUGGCCAAGAAGAGCAUCGUAGGAGCUUAUGUUUGCAUCUUUAUAGGAGAGACGCUACUUUUCCUGAACUGGGCCAUAACAGCAGACAUUUUAAUGUUUGUCGUUAUCCCCACGCGGAGAGCAACGGCAGUCGCCUUUCAGAGCUUCACCUCUCAUCUCCUGGGUGAUGCAGGAAGUCCAUACCUGAUAGGCCUGAUCUCCGACGCCCUUCAGCAGAGCUACGCUACAUCAGCGCUGUGGCGGUUCCUCAGUCUGGGCUAUGCCCUCAUGCUCUGUCCCUUUAUCAUCGUCCUGGGGGGCAUGUUUUUCCUGGCCACUGCACUGUUUUUCCUGGAUGACAGGGAGAAGGCUGAGAAACAGUUGAGCCAGCUGACGCGACCUCCCUCCUCAGUCAAGGUAUGACCAGGUGACAACCAAAUGAGGAGCCAUCUGAAGGAGCAACCAAACCCAAUAAGGAUGACAAAAUGGAGAUAAAAAAAGCGAGGGCAGCAGAUCCACUUCUUUAAAACAACGCCCCAUGUUCUCUUCACCAUCACUUGUGCGAUCAUCCUCCUCUUCCUCUCGGCUCCUGCUGCUCUUCCUUUUUACACGUUCUCCGAGGCUGCUCAGAACUUGAACGAGGGAGCGUCUUGCCCCUCGUUGAAACGCCUCUAAAUCACAGGCCGGCAAGAAGGAGCACAGCAACACACUGAGGCCGGAUGACCAACAGCUGGUGUCCUCCUCACCUCUGUCUGCCAGGAUCCACUGAACCUUCCAGGGAGGAGAUGGGGUGGCAAAAUCUCCCGUGACCCCUCCGACUCCCGAUGCCAUACUACUGAAUGCUGACCAUGAACCUGCCCUGUCUGUCUGCCUGUCUGUCCAAUGGUGUGUCUCUUACGUGUCUGUCUGUCUGUCUCCUACAUCGGCUGUCAAUCUGCACCAAGUGCCAUAUAUAGCAUCAUUACAUUCCUUCAGACUUUGCACUGACCACCAACAACCCUCAUGACAUUAUCACUGACUAUGUUUACAUGCACACUAUAAUUCAGCAUUUGGCUAUGAAAUUAGUUUAAUUAAGCUGUUUAUAUUUGCUAGACAAUAGAAGGAAGCAGUGUCAUUUUUAAACUGCAGCUCCAUUGGUGUCUCUGUUUUUCCUAUACAAAUUUUUCACAAUUCAUUCUGCCCUGGCUCUCAACGCUCGGAGCCUGUAAACAGACAGUUCAAGUUAUGUGGAGCAAGGGAUGCAACUCGUUAAAAUGUGCUGCAGGAAUAUAACUGUCAAAGUGUUUAUCUGUUCAUACAAGCCUCCCAUAAUGUGACUAAUAUCAGAUUUUUCUGCACGUUAUUCACAGUAUUAAUAACAUGAACUUCACAUGCAAAUGCAGUGUUUACAUGAUGGAUGCAGUAUUCUCAUGAUCGAUCAAAGUUUUGCUGUGCAUGUAAACAUAGCCAUCAACCAAGAGCCAAAAAGUGUUACUGUCUAAAGGUCAGUGAAUCAGCCUUAAAAAUUGGAGCUUUCACAUCAACAGCUGUUUCUUUUGACCACCCCACAUGUGUUUUUAUUUUUAGCUUUUAGCACUUAAAUCAGCAUAGACCGUGCCAGAGAACAUGACAGAGGUGAGACAUUUCUGCACAUUAUUUUUCACAAGCUUUCUUGUGAUUUUUAUUUUUAUUUUUCUGUGUGAUGUUUGAUUUGAAACUGGAGGUUACUGCCUAUGAUUGUUUCAGAAGGAUGAUGAUGCAAUCCGGACAAUUUAAAGUGGACACUGGACUAUGUAUUUUAUAAUUUAUAAUGUACAUGCUUUUCCCAAAAGUAAAUGAAAUGCGACUCUUUUGACUCUUAAGGAGUAACGCCUGCGUUUUUGUGUACACAAGAAGCAAUACGAACAUUUUUGAGGAAACCAACCUUUUAAUCCACACUGCCUUAUCAGUGAGCUUGUUUUCUCUUUAGAGGGGAAGCUCUCUGAUGGUUGGUUUUGAAUUUCUGGACACAACACCCACACAGAGACGGAGUCACUUCUUAAUGAUGGAUUCCAGUCCAGUCCACGCUGGUUACAAUAACAGGCAUUGUGAAAAGAGACCCCCUCGCAAUUGUAGAUAUCCCAUUUCAUGAUUAGAAGAAAAGGACCUUUGAGGAGAGCUGGAGUCACAGUCAUCGGGUUAAUACUGAGGGAAAUCAAAAUCCCAGACAGGAACAGGAAAUUCUUGGCCCGCAGGUUAGACUGAUUGCGAGCUCUUAUCGUUGAUAAAGGAUAAGCGAGGAAUCCCCCUUCGAAACCAGACCAGCACAUCCUCAGAUGUCACUGCAGGAGCUGAUAAACAGAUUUCCCUUCAAAAUUUGCGCCAGAGAAUGACAUAGAGAUUUACAUAAAAAGAGAAGUACACAAUAGACAAAACCUGGAUUUGAUUCAUCGCUAUUUACAUUAAUUACAGUAUUUGCAAAUGUAAUGCAAAAGUUGCUUGUAUAUACAAAGAUUUAGGCAAACGCUUAAUUAGAAGCUAACUUGAAGGAUAGUUUUUUUUUAAGUAUAUUAUCUGGCGGAUACAAUUUUUGUGAAACCUUGAAGCCACUAGUGCAUAAAAGGGGAAAAAAAGCACUUUUGCAGACCUUUAAGAAAACACAGAAGGAGGAGGAGGAUGGAUUGACCUGAGCGGAGGAAUAAAGGGAGACGUCGAGGUGGUUCUUGUAGCAUUGAUGUGUGAGCGUGACUCACUGGCUGUGUGUGGGGUGCUGUGUGGGCUGUGUCCUUGUUGCCAGAUCAUUAGCUUUAGCUUCUCUCCAACUGCGUGGAGCUCUCUGAAUGUGAUUCUGUCCAACCUGACGUGUUUACACACCUACAUCUUCUUAAUGAACUAAGCUUCUUACCUUCCUUUUAUUGGUUUUCUUUUUGUUUUUAAUGUUACCAAAUUAUAGUUUUUUUUUUAAAUAACUACAAUAGAGAUAUAUAUAGCUAAAUCACGCAGUAACUUUAAUAUAUUGUAAAUGAUGGCUUGGAUGCAAUGUAUUUAUUUGUUUGUUACCAUAAUGAAGAAUAAUCUAUAAAGGGAAGUUUAAUGUUUGCGUAUACUACACUUUGUUGUAUGUCAUUGGGUUUAGAAAUGCCUGUUUAUUCAUUCUUUUGUAUCACAAUGAAACAACACAAUACCUUUCUACAUCACUAAGAUUCAUCCUGUUUACUGUGAUCAUGAAUUGGAUAUCUCACAUAUAUUACACACAGAAGGAACUGCAAUGUGAUGGUUUUAAGAAAACGUUUUGGUCUCAUGUCUAGGGUGCAGUACUUUUGCAUUCAUUUUUGUAGCUCUUGUAAAUGUUUUUCUUUGUUUUAAGGACAACUGAUCAAACCAUUUUGCACACUUAAUGUUCAGGGAUUUAUUUGAACCAUAGCCUAGCAUCAACUUCACACAGCCUCUGUUACAGGGGUCUGUCACUUCAUGCUCACAGUAAGUGCUGACAUAUUGUCAUCAUCAGAAGGGACGUUGGCUCUGGUCAGAUGGGUCAUGAAUUGAGUUUCACUUUGCCAAAUUUAGUUGAUUUAGCACCAAUCCUUUAGGAGUUUAAGUCCGUUGUAUUGAGUAAUUCUAUGUUAAUAAUCACUGAAGUGAUGUAUUGAGAAUGUGCUAUUUCUUGUCAUACAAGAAUCAUGUAUAAAGAAACCUUUUUCUGAUGUUGAGCAGAAAACAGAGGUUAUUUUUAUUUUUAGAGCAAGUCAAUACAAGCAAAGUGUCAGAGAAAUCAAAGGAUAUUAUUCUAGAACUGAACUGUGAUGCUCCCUUGCAGGGGUUGAUAGAAAAUGUACAUGUCUGUAAAUCAAAUAAACUUAUUUAAUCACUUCA